UUUCAAAAAGAGAGAAAAAACUAGGGUUUUUUCAAGUGAUCACAAAUUAGCCAAACAGUUGCAGCAAUUGCCAAUUGCAGCAGCCAACACACCCCACUCUUUUUUAUUUAUCCCUUCUCCUCCAUUCGGCUGCAGAUAACUCUCUGUCUAAAAUUUCUCUGUCCUUAUAUAUUUGCAUGUCGGUUUAAUCUUUCUUUAACCUAUUUUAUAAUCUUAACCCUAAAAUUUCUGUAUUUCACAUAUCUUAUCUCUCUCUCUCUCUCUAUCUAUCUAUCUAUCUAUCUCUUCCUUUCUUCAGAUCAUCCUUUUCUUUCCCGCUCUCUUUUCUGAUUUCAUUUUUGAUCAUUUAUUUUUGAAAACAUUUCAUCCUUUUUUGAUCAUUUGAUCAUUUUAUUUGUUCAUCUACUCUGUUUUUGAAACAGGGGAACUUGAUCAGUUGAUUAGGGUUUAUCACUUUUAGGGAUUUAUCUCAUCGUUUGAUCAAUCUAGCUUCUACCCAUUAUUCAUUUGGGGUUUAAUUUUUCUGGGUUUGUUUCAGAUCUUUGAUAAAAUAACAGUAAUCAUGGUGGAUCUAAAUGACAAAAAAUCAUCAGACCCAGAUGGAGUUUCAUCAACAGAAAGCCAAGGAAAUGAGAUUAAACGAUGUGCUGAUUGUGGUACUUCUAAAACCCCUCUUUGGAGAGGCGGUCCUGCUGGCCCAAAGUCACUGUGCAAUGCAUGUGGGAUCAGAAGUAGGAAGAAAAGAAGGGCAAUUUUGGGAUUAAAACAAGACGAGAAAAAAUCAAAGAAAAUCAAUCAAAAUAGUACAUCAUCAUCAUCAUCAUCAUCAACAUCAUCAAGCAGAUUAAGUCAUGGAAGCCCACUUCAUCAACGGCUAAUAGCCCUUGGAAGGGAAGUGAUGAUGCAAAGAUCGACGGUGGAUAAGCAACACAGGAGAAAGUUAGGAGAAGAAGAACAAGCUGCUGUGCUUUUAAUGGCUCUUUCUUAUGGCUCUGUCUAUGCAUAAUAAUGUUUUUUGGGUUUAAUAAUAAUAAUUAGGUGAUUAAGAAGUGUUAUUAUUAGUUUAUUUAGGUUAAUAGAAGUGGCUUAAAAGUGUACCUUGAAGAAUCAAGAAAGGGCUACAAAGAAGGAAAAAGUUUCUCCCUUUAUUAAAGUUUUUAUUGUGGAGAUUUAAAAGAGAGUUCAUUGUAAAUUCUCUCAACGUUUUGAGUGGUGAAUCUUGUUAAUUAUAUUAAGUGUGAUUAAUUUAAGCUAACAAUUUAAUAUUUACUCCCUCCUUUUUAUUUCCUCUA